CUGACCCCUGGUUGGGGAUGGAGGUCAGGGGUUGAAGUGCAUCUCAACCUUUUGCACUUCAUGUCCAGCCGUUAGGGGUGGUGGCAUGGCCCUUGGGGUGUCUGGGCCCGGUUCUUUCUGGUGUUGUCUUUCUCUGUCCCUCCUCCCCUAUUGUCUCCUCCUCCCUCCUGCCACCACCCACCCCAGACUUCCUCCUUCACUUAGUUGGACGCUACACCACAGACCACCGGCCCUCGGACUGUGGUGUCCACUGGUGUCCUGGCAUCAUGGGGGGCCUUGAACCCUCCAUCAGGCUGCUGUUCCUGCCCCUCCUCCUGACUGUCGGUGAAUGCAACUGCGCAUCAGUGAGCCCCGGCGUGCUGGCAGGGAUCGUGCUGGGGGACCUGGUGCUCACCCUGCUCAUUGCCCUGGCUGUGUACUCUCUGGGCCGCCUGGUGCCUCGGGGCCGAGGGGCUGUGGAGGUGACCCGGAAACAGCAGCGUAUGACCGAGACUGAGUCGCCUUAUCAGGAGCUCCAGGGUCAGAGGUCAGACGUCUAUAGUGACCUCAACACACAGAGGCAAUAUUACAAAUGAACCCAAACCAUGCCGGUCAACAACCUGAUGCCUGGAUCCAGCCAUUCCUGAUGCCCACCCAGUACCUCAUUCCUACGCCUACCAAGAUACAGACCCACAGAGUGCCCUCCCUGAGAUAUCACGCCUCUCCCCACUGCUGCUCCCAAAUAAACAUGAAGCACAAAAACA